ACAGAAAAAUGGGAAGUUCAGGGUUUCAGGAUCCGAUACAGAUUCGCGUCGGUUUUGCCCACAUCGCCGCGGACCGCGUGAAUUCUACGCCACGCGCGCAAAUUUAAGAGCGCCCGACUCCAGUCCAGACCCAAAGGCCAAAGUAAAAAACAAAAUCCGAGCCCCCUGUAGCAUUCGCGAUCAAUGGCGCGUCCCAGGAGCAAGAAACGCACGGCUGCGGUGGCCGACGGCUCGACCAACACGGCGGCGGCGGCGGCGGCGACAUUGAGGCCGGGGAAGCGCGCCAGGGCGACGCCCAGGCCCGAGGCGGAGUAUUCCCGCGAGAAGCGGAAUCUGGAGGACCUUUGGCUGUCAGCCUUCCCCAUCGGGACCGAGUGGGAACACAUUGAUAAGAUAGAGGAGUUCAACUGGAACUUCCAAAAUAUAGAGAAAGCUCUAGAAGAAGGGGGAGAGCUUUAUGGCAAGACGGUUUACUUAUUUGGAAGCACUGAACCUCAGCUAUUGAAUGUUGCUAAAAGUGAACAACAGAGCGAAAAGAUGGUAUUUGUUCCUAUUGUAGUUGCGGUUGAUUGUCCUUACCCACCAUCAGAUAAAGUUGGUAUAAUAUCUGUCCAAAGGGAAAAUGAAGAAAUAGUACCAAUGAAGGCAAUGAAGAUGAACUGGGUGCCCUAUGUUCCACUAGAGGACCGGCUCAGCAGGAUUGAGAGUUUGGAAACCAAAAUAUUCACUCUUUGUUGCACCCAGCGAAGGUCUGCUCUGAAGCACCUGAAAACUGAGCGAGUCAAGAAGUUCGACUACUGCAUGCCAUAUUAUAUGCCACUUUCUCCUGAAGAUGACCAUGAUACAACUGUCGAUAUCAUAUAUCCUCUAGAACACCCGAUAGUGCAAUCCUUUGACUGGGAAAUGGAUAAUUAUAAGGAUUUUAUUGAUGACCUAGUUGAAGGUGAGGUGUUGCCAGAGGAUGAGAGAGAAAAUUUUAAGAAAUUCCUGAAGGAGAAGGUUAAAGAACGAAAGACAGAGCUGAGACAGGCUAAAGAAGCCAGAAAGGAAGCUAUUGAUAAUAUGGACCCUAAGCUGAAAAAUGCAUUUGAAAACAUCCAAUUCUACAAAUUUUAUCCUGUAAAUGCCCUGGACGCUCCUGAUUUAAGUAUACAAAAGAAAAGUUACAUCAACAGGUAUUAUGGGAAGGCACAUAAAUGGAUGUGAAGACCAAUGCGAGCAUUGUGAAUUAAGCUUCCUUUCUGACUUGGAAGAGCCAGUAAACUUUUGGAAUGCCAGGGGAGACAUCUUGAUCAACAUAUUCAAAUGUGGUCCCUUGUAGUUGUAGAAACAUCCAUACAAAGUGUGUUAUUCCAAUAGUUACACCUCGAUCAGACUCCUACAAAGUCUUCAAGAGUAUCUCUACUGCAUUCUUUUUGUUGUGCAAAUCGUAAAUAUCAGGGGAUAGAUAUGACUUUGAGAAGGCGAACCUCGUGAGAGUUAAUAAUAUCUUCAUCGUGUAUAGCUUUUUGGAUACCUAAAUUUGGCAAUAUCAUCUCAAUAUAUCUAUUUGAUUC